ACAUGGCGGAUGACCUUUGAAUGUUUUGAUAAAAUCAAUGGAGUGUUUCUUGUAUUGCUGUGAUAAUACUCACGAUCCUAUUCCCUUGCCUGAUGGAGAAGAUGUUAUAGCAGGAAGGAAGCCACAAUUCAAGAUAAAAAACCCAAAAUGUCCCAGAAACCAAGAGUGUUUAGAGUGUUUUUUAAAUUUUUAGUCCAAUUAACAGCAAAUUAUGCAGAGAAAGAGGUGAUAGUAAAGCAGCUAGGUAAGAUACCAAGUUCAAUAGGAAUCGAAGAGUUAAAUAAAGGUGAAACAAAACUACUGGGUCCAGGAGGCAAGAUCUGCAUACGGAGACAAGAAUAUCCACACUUUGUUUAUUUUAAAAUUAUCCCAACUAUAAAGAAAUCACCUUCAAAACAUACUUAUACUACAGAAGGCAAUAAAAAUAAUAUUGAAGAGAUUAAAACAUCAAAUCUGACUGACAAACAAAUAUCCAAGAAAAGAAAGAUAGAAGAAGGUGAUGGCAAUGAUGAUAGUUAUGAUCACAAAACUACAAAGAAAGCUAAGAUGAGGUCAGACACCAGCAAGGAUUGCAAUACAAAAGAUGAACAAGAUGUAAAAUCAACUUGCAAAGAUGCUAAAGAUAUGGACAGUCCUUUGAAAAACCUGCAGUCAGGUAGUCCUUGUACCACAAGCACCUGGGAAGAGAUAAAGCAGGAACUUCUGAUUUAUACCCGAAAAGGAGUUGAAGGAAGAUCAAAGAUUGCAGGAUUUGAUAUGGAUGGUACAAUCAUUACUACAAAAUCUGGAAAAGUUUUUCCAACUGAUGCUGCAGAUUGGAAAAUUGCAUUGCCUGAAAUACCUGGGAGGUUAAAAAAAUUGUGGAGUGAUGGAUAUAAGAUUGUUUUUUUCACCAAUCAGAAUGGCAUUGCAAAAAAGAAAGUGAGUGUUCCAGACUUCAAAAAGAAAGUUGAGAACAUUUUAGAGCCCUUGAAUGUACCAAUUCAGGUACUAGUAUCCCCUGGUACUGGUCACUAUCGUAAACCCUGUACAGGGAUGUGGAUUCACCUUUGUACAAAGCUUAACCAAGGGAUUGAUAUAAGUAAAGAAGAUAGCUUUUACAUUGGAGAUGCAGCUGGUAGACCUGCUGGUUGGGCUCCUGGAAAGAAGAAGGAUUUCUCUUGCAGUGACAGAGCAUUUGCAGCAAAUAUUGGAAUCAAGUUUCAAACUCCUGAGGAAUUUUUCCUCGAGAAGAAGCCAGCAACCUUCAACAUGCCUGUGUUUGAUCCAAAAUCUCUGGACACAAACGGACCAAUAUACACACCAUCCACAGCCACCUUGGUUGCUAAGGAACAAGAGGUGGUGGUGAUGGUUGGAUAUCCAGCAUCUGGAAAGUCAAUGUUUUGCGAAGACCAUAUGGUUCCUCAUGGUUAUGUGCGCGUUAAUAGAGAUACUUUAGGAUCUUGGCAAAAGUGUGUGACAGCCUGUCGUAAUGCCCUCGCUAAGGGCAAAAGUGUGGUCGUCGACAACACAAACCCUGACAAAGAAUCAAGAAAAAGAUUCAUCGAAUGUGCUCGUGCGGCUAAAGUCCCAGUUCGUUGUUUCUUGAUGGAUGUAUCCAGAGAGCAUGCGCAGCACAAUAACACGGUGCGCGAGACUCUGAACACAGACAAAGACUACAAACACGUUGGGACUAUGGUUUUCAACAUCUACAGGUCGCAUUAUGUAGAACCAAGCUGUGAUGAAGGAUUCAGUGAAAUACUUAAAAUCAAGUUUAUACCCAAAUUCAAAGAAAAAAGCACGAGAGAGUUUUACAAUCAGUUUCUAUAAACAACUCUGGACAGGCUGUCGUAUUCGCUGCUGUCUUUGCUGGGUCCAUCCAGUAUUCAAUAGCUUACAAUUAACUAUAAUGCUUACUGUGCUUCCUUGAUAAAACGAACAAAGUCUUAAUGUUGUUGGAAGGUCAUGGUUUUGAGAAGCUGUUUCCAAUGUCCGGACAAACGUCCACCAUCAGCAUCACAACCACCACCAACACCACUCACAACAACCAUCACACCUCCAUCUCUACAACCACUAAGCACCAACUAUCAAUUCCAGAUUAUAAUUGUCAUCAUUGCUACGUGUUAUCAAUUUAUUAUAUUUUUAUUAUUUUGAAUGAAUAUAUACCACACCUAAUCCUGUAUUAAUUCUAUGAAUAAGAAUCGUUAUAAGAAAAUCAUUUAUUCUGAAGGAAGGAUCCUAAGUUUAGACAACACAUUUUAUUAUUAAACUCAGUCCCGUUUACUCUUUUUUAACAUUACUAAUUUUAAGUAUUUUUUACAAAGUCAUAUUAAAGUCGUAUAACUAGU